GCUGAUUGUGUAUUUGCUUUUCAAUUAAGAAAUCCCAUACAUAAUGGUCAUGCUUUAUUAAUGACUGAAACUAGACAACAAUUAUUAGCAAAGUAUAAAUAUCAAAAUCCUGUAUUAUUAUUACAUCCACUUGGUGGUUGGACAAAAUUAGAUGAUGUACCACUUAAUAUACGUAUAGCUCAACAUGAAGCAUGUUUAAAUGAAGGUGUUUUAGAUCGUAAAACAACUUUAUUAGCAAUAUUCCCUUCACCUAUGUUAUAUGCUGGACCACGUGAAGUACAAUGGCAUGCACGUACUCGUAUGUUAGCUGGUGUACAAUAUUAUAUAGUUGGUCGUGAUCCUGCUGGUUUACCACAUCCUAAUGGAACAGGUGUUGAUUUAUAUGAUCCAUCUCAUGGUGGUAGA